CGAAACCGCAAAACGUUCAUUUCAGUUGAGCACAUGCGUCCUGGAUCAUCUCUCUCACUCUCUCGGAGUAGCAGUUAGCAAGAAGAGAAGGCCAUGGCGAUGGAAUUAGAGUUAGGGUUUCCGUACUGGAAAGCCCUCCGUCGAAAGUUUGGUCCUGAAUCUCCCUUCUUUGCAUCUGGCAACCUCGAAAGGGAAUUGCUCGUCAAACAGCUUGCACUGGAUUUGACUGAAGAUGAAAAGCGUGAGCUUCGGAAUUUCGUGGAUGAGGAAGGCAGGGGUGUUUUCUGUCCCAUUGUUGGUUGUGGAGCUAGAUUGACUUGCUUGGAGGACUUUGAGGAUCAUUACAAUGCUCGUCACACUGCAUCUUGCUCUGUGUGCUCUAGAGUCUAUCCAACGUCUCGGCUGCUCAGCAUUCAUGUAUCUGAAGCUCACAGUUCUUUCUUUCAGGCCAAAGUCGCACGUGGUGAUUCCAUGUAUGAAUGCCUUGUAGAAGGCUGUGAUUUGAAAUUGAAGACCUAUAAAAGCCGGCAACAACAUCUGGUGGAUAAGCAUAAGUUCCCCACUUCAUUUGAGUUUUUCAAGAAGGCUCCUCCCUCCAAAAAACAGAGGCAGAAGAAACAAAGAAAGCAAGCUUAUGUUAAGAGGGCAGAUGCAUCUGAUAUGGAAGUGGAAAAUGAAGUCAUUGAUGACAUUGAUCAUUCAAGAAAACAGAAGAAGAAGAAUCAGCAGAAGCAAGCUAAUCUCAAGAAGCCUGAUGUAUCUAAUAUGGAUGUGGGAAAUGAAGAUAUCAAUAAUCUUGUUACUGCUGUCUCCAAGUUAAGCACAUCAGACUCCAGUCCCGCAUCCAUCAGCUUUGGUCGUCGACCCACUCGUGGCCUGACGUUUGUCCCACGAGCUGUUCAACGUGAGAAAAAACCAGACUCCACAUAAGUUCAACAAAGAGAUUGUGACCCUCACAACCCAAUUGACGCGGGAAUUGCUAUUAUUCUUUGCCUUCUUCCAGUGCAAGUACAUAAUGGCUUCUCAAAAUGUACUUGGAAAAUAUUAUAGGGAAUUGUCUUGGAAGAUUUUGAAUGCUGUAGCCAAGGAAUAGUUGUUUUAGUUGAGUUGAGUGCCUGAUUUCAAAGAAUGUGUUGGGAACACUAAUGUGGUGGUUAUUGACAACUUAAGCAAAGGUGCCUCG